AUGGCUUUAAGCCGUAUCCACAGUGAAGAGCAGGAUUAUUUUGACGGCUCCAGCGAUCUGCAUGUUGUUGCGCUCAGGUUUUGUAUCCUUAGACAACAUGGCUUCUGGGUAUCAACAGAUGGGUUUGACAAAUUCAGAGAUGCCACAGGCAAUUUUAGCAUGGAUUUAGCAACCGAUACCAGGGGACUACUUAGCCUGUACAACGCAGCUCAUAUGGCAGUUCCUGAAGAGGUGGCCCUAGAUGAUGCCAUAGCCUUUGCGAGGCGGCACCUCGAGGCUGCAAAAGACAAGCUCAGGUCACCGAUGGUGGAGCAGGUAUCCCGCGCCCUUGAGAUCCCGCGCCCUCGGUUCUUGCGACGGCUGGAGGCCAUGCACUACAUCACUGAGUAA